AAGUGUUUGUUUUUUGUGGUGGCGUGCUUAGAAAAUUUUGUGAAAAAUUAAUUGAGAUUUAAGAAAAUAAUGGAAGAUAUAAAAACAAGUCUGGAUAAAAUUUUGGCUAAAUUCAAUGACAGCGUAACACAUUCAGCACCAAAAAAAUUGAGUUUCGAGCAUUUAAGUGAUUCGUUUAAUGACUCCGGCACAAUACCAAAAAAGAGACGUUUUUCUCAAAGUUUCGAAGAUUCAUCAAAUGUGAGCCAUAAUCAAAGUAACAUAUCGGUGAAUUCAAGUAUUGCGGUGCCUCCAAGCCCGUGGGAGACUAGGCGCAUGAAGGCUGAUUUAAUUGAGGCAAAAACCAGAAUUACAAAAUUCAAGCAAGAGAUUGAACGUCUGCAUAAAUUAAGACAAGAAUCUGAAAUUUUGUAUGAAAAUCGAGUUUCCGAAUUGAAAAAACAAUGCGAUUUUUCUUCUGGGAAAAUUCAAGAUUUGGAGAAACAUAUGCAGGUUUUGAGGAAACGUGAGUAUGCAGCAAAACAGGAAAUGUUAAAGGCCCAAAGUGAAGUUCAACAACAAAAACAUGGAUACGAGGACAUGAUUUUAAAACUACAAAGAUCUAAGCACGAUGUAGAGGAGAAUGCUCGUCUCAUACAAAAUAGUAUGGCAAAUGAAUUAAGCGAGUAUAAGAGACAUGCAGAAAAAAUGGAAUUGGAACUGGAGUUGAGCUCUGAUGAGUUGGAAUCUAUUAAGAACCAAUUAGAAGAUUUUAAAGCAAAAGUUUCUUGUUUUGAUGACUUGAAGCUGCAGCAUGAGAGGGUUAACCAAGAUUUAGUGUAUGCCAAUCAACGCAUUAAAGAAUUGGAAUUCGAAAUAGCAUCCUACAACGAUUGGAAGGAAAUUACCAAGAACUCUCAGGACCGAUUAUUAAGCAUUCCGGACAUGGACAAAGAAAUUGAACGUUUACGUUCCAAUAAUAAGCAUCUGCAGGAGUUGUUGGGCAAUAAAUUAUUGUUGGAGGAGCAAGUGUACGAUUUGCGCUCUCGUUUGGAAAAAGAAGAAGGAGCUAGAUCCGAGGCUGUGACAUUUCAAGUGCAAUUAAAACAUGCCCAAGAAGAACUUAAGGAUUGGAUAAAGGUAGGACAAGAUCAUUGUCCCCAGAAUACUUAUGUAAGCCCCAUGGCGUUGAGAGCACGUAUUGAAGAACUUUUGCAACACGAUGUACUUAUGGUAUCUGAAAAUAAUACAAAAGUUUCGGAAUCGAAAACUCUUGAAGGCGAAUUAUUGGAUCACAAGCAAAAAUGCGAAAUGUACGUUAAAAAUCUGGAAGAGUUGAAUGCCGAACUUAAACGUUACAAGGCUUUUAAAACUCGGGUUCAAAAGAAACUUCUGUUAGUGUCUAAAGAACGCGAUUGUUACAAGCAAUUGCUGGAGAAUUUCGAAAAGGAUCUCACAAUUUCCAACCCACCUGGUAGCACAGACUUGACAUCAACAGAAAAUCAACUUAGAAUGCGAGUUGAAAUGCUUGAAAAAACCUUAUUAGGUUACAAAGAUAUGUGCAUUAGCUUGGAAAAGGAAUUGACGAUUGCUAAAGCUUUCCCCAACAUGGAUCAAGUCAUGGAACAUAGUACUAACAUGAGUGUUGAUUCAACAGUCGGCUAUGAUCACUACAAAAAGGAGCUGGACGUGUUACGUGUCGAAAAUGAACGCUUGCGCAGACGCAAAGAAGAGUUGGAAUUGGAGUUGGAACAUCGUUGUCUAAAAGGUGAUUUUAAUAUGGACAAAUAUAAAGUUGUACACUUGAAACUAAAUCCUGCUAGCGAAGCUUAUGAAAACGCUGAAAAUGUAAUUGAAAAAUUACAAGCUGAGAUUGAACGUUUAAAACGAAAAAAUAAGAAACUUGAAGAAGACAACGAAGUUACACAAGCACGUUUCAAUGAGUCUACUAAUAUGACUAUGAAUAUUAAGGAGAUGAAUCAACUACGCACUGAAUUGGAGUCAAUGAAUUCUAAGAUGAAAAAAAUGAAAGAGUGCUAUAAAUCUGCUAGCCUGGAGUUCCGUGAAGUAGUUUACAUGCUGUUCGGUUAUCGCAUAGAUCGCGUAGGAGCCAACACAAAUUACAAAAUUUCUAGUAUGUAUGCUGAAAGUCCGGAUCAUUAUUUAAAUUUCCGUUUAAAUGAAUCCAAUGUAUUAGAUAUGCUGGAGACAACAUAUUCAGCCACAUUGAAGCCACUGAUAGAAACCCAGUUGGUGGGAAAUAAAUCGCUGCCGGCAUUUUUGAGCGCCCUAACAUUGGAUCUAUUUCAAAAAACAACAAUAACAUUGGCAUAAAUUUUUUCAAAUUGAACUUUGUAUAACUCAACAUCAAAAUACAUACAUACAUGCAAACAUAUAUAAUAUAUAUUUACAUUAAUAAUAAAAACAACAAAAAAAAAACAA